AUGAUAACAAAUGAUUACUCAUACUGGCAUAGGAUUAUUAGUAGUCGUAUCACUGAGACAGUCUCUGGCAUAACCAGCAUUCGCCAGUGGACAUGUCCUCAAUCAUCUUUUGUUAAACUGAAUUUUGAUGCUUCUUUCAAAGAAAAAACUAAAGAUGUAGGAAUUGGACUAAUAUUGCGCAAUUGUGCAGGUGUUAGAGAUGGAGGUAGAUGCUACUAUAUAAAAGUAAUGGACCCAGAACAAGCGGAGGCAAAGGCGCUCUUGGAGGCAAUUAUUUGGGCCAGGAGAAAAGGAAUAAGGAAACUGCACCUGAAAGGGGAUUGUGAGAAUGUAAUCAGAGCUCUCAAUGGCAGUCUAAGUUCAAUCAAAUGGACAAUUAGAAAUAUUAUCUUAGAUAGUUUAAAUUUAUUAGAUUAUUUUGAAGGAUGGUUAUGUACUCAUGUCCAUAGAGACAUUAAUCAUGUGGCAGACACAAUAGCAAAAUAUGCAAGAAACUCAAGUGCUGAUAAAGAAUGGAUUGAGGCAAUCCCUUCUUGGCUAGAAUUAUGUCUACAAAAAGACACAUUUUUGUAA